UUGUGUUGUCUGAAGCGUCGGUUUGUCGGGUACUUGACACGAAACGGGGGUCGGCAGCUGCGGGAAUGGAGCCGGUGUCCCCAGCCCCUCCUGCAACCACCAACCUGUUUCAGCCACCUCGCAGGCCAGGUCUUGGCACUGUAGGAAAGCCUAUACGUCUGCUAGCCAAUCACUUUCAAGUUCAAAUCCCAAAAAUUGAUGUUUACCAUUAUGAAGUGGACAUUAAACCAGAGAAACGCCCCCGCAGAGUUAACAGAGAAGUGGUUGAUACCAUGGUCCGACACUUCAAGAUGCAAAUCUUUGGAGAUCGGCAACCAGGUUACGAUGGAAAAAGGAAUAUGUACACUGCAAAUCCAUUACCAAUUGGCCGAGAGAGGGUUGACUUGGAAGUGACCCUUCCUGGGGAAGGCAAAGACCAAACCUUCAAGGUCUCCAUACAGUGGGUCUCAGUUGUCAGUCUACAGUUGCUGUUAGAAGCUUUAGCAGGGCACCUUAGUGAAGUUCCUGAGGACUGUGUACAGGCACUUGAUGUUGUGACAAGACACCUUCCUUCAAUGAGGUAUACCCCAGUGGGCCGUUCCUUCUUCUCUCCUCCAGAAGGUUACUACCACCCACUGGGUGGAGGUAGAGAAGUCUGGUUUGGUUUUCAUCAAUCUGUCCGACCUGCCAUGUGGAAUAUGAUGUUAAACAUUGAUGUAUCUGCAACAGCAUUUUACAGAGCUCAGCCAGUAAUUGAGUUCAUGUGCGAGGUACUAGACAUUCAGAACAUCAAUGAGCAAACCAAACCACUGACUGACUCUCAGCGUGUUAAGUUUACCAAAGAAAUAAGAGGUCUGAAAGUGGAGGUGACUCACUGUGGACAGAUGAAAAGGAAGUACAGAGUAUGUAAUGUUACCCGACGGCCGGCCAGUCACCAGACGUUUCCUCUACAACUGGAAAAUGGGCAAGCAAUGGAAUGUACAGUGGCACAAUAUUUCAAACAAAAGUAUAAUUUGCAACUUAAAUAUCCUCACCUACCUUGUCUACAGGUAGGGCAAGAGCAGAAGCACACCUAUCUGCCACUUGAGGUAUGUAACAUUGUAGCAGGGCAGCGCUGUAUCAAGAAACUAACAGACAAUCAAACGUCAACCAUGAUCAAAGCUACAGCACGAUCAGCGCCCGAUCGACAAGAGGAGAUUAGUCGUCUGGUGAAGAGUAACAGUAUGAUUGGCGGGCCAGAUCCAUAUCUAAAGGAGUUUGGUAUUGUCGUUCAUAAUGAAAUGACUGAAGUUACAGGUCGAGUGCUGCCUGCACCGAUGCUCCAGUAUGGAGGCAGGGUAAGUCUGAUGUUGGACGGAAGCAGCUGGAAUUGUGAAUGCACAGGACUUGAAAAUAAGACUGUUGCUACCCCAAAUCAAGGGGUGUGGGACAUGAGAGGCAAACAAUUCUAUGCUGGCAUUGAGAUCAAAGUCUGGGCAGUUGCUUGCUUUGCACCACAGAAACAGUGUCGGGAAGAAGUCCUAAAAAAUUUUACUGACCAGCUGCGUAAAAUUUCAAAAGAUGCCGGAAUGCCUAUUCAGGGGCAGCCAUGUUUUUGUAAAUAUGCCCAAGGUGCAGACAGUGUUGAACCUAUGUUUAAGCACUUGAAGAUGACUUAUGUUGGUCUACAGUUGAUUGUGGUCAUCCUACCUGGAAAAACCCCUGUAUAUGCUGAAGUGAAACGUGUAGGCGACACACUACUGGGGAUGGCAACACAAUGUGUUCAGGUGAAGAAUGUGGUCAAAACAUCCCCACAGACUUUAUCAAAUCUCUGUUUAAAGAUCAAUGCAAAACUUGGUGGAAUCAAUAACGUCCUUGUACCUCAUCAACGGCCAUCUGUGUUCCAGCAGCCUGUCAUCUUCUUGGGAGCUGAUGUCACACACCCUCCAGCCGGAGACGGCAAGAAACCCUCCAUUGCUGCUGUAGUUGGUAGUAUGGAUGGGCAUCCCAGCCGAUACUGUGCAACAGUACGUGUGCAGACAUCAAGACAAGAAACUUCUCAGGACCUGCUGUUCAGUCAAGAGGUGAUUCAAGAUUUAUCCAAUAUGGUGCGUGAGCUCCUAAUUCAGUUUUACAAAUCGACCCGCUUCAAGCCAACGCGCAUUAUCUACUACAGGGGUGGAGUUUCUGAAGGACAAAUGAAACAGGUUGCCUGGCCUGAGCUUAUUGCCAUUCGGAAAGCCUGCAUUAGCCUGGAAGAGGACUACAGACCUGGCAUAACGUACCUUGUCGUUCAGAAACGACAUCAUACACGACUGUUUUGUGCUGACAGAAGUGAACGGGUGGGUAAAAGUGGCAAUGUUCCCGCUGGCACAACUGUAGACAACACCAUCACUCAUCCAUCUGAGUUUGAUUUCUAUCUCUGUAGCCAUGCAGGAAUUCAGGGUACCAGCCGUCCUUCGCACUAUCAUGUCUUGUGGGAUGACAACUGCUUCUCAGCUGAUGAAUUGCAGCUCCUUACCUAUCAGUUGUGCCACACUUAUGUACGAUGCACGCGUUCUGUCUCCAUUCCUGCGCCAGCAUAUUAUGCGAGAUUGGUUGCUUUUCGAGCAAGAUAUCACCUUGUUGACAAAGAUCACGACAGUGCUGAAGGAAGCCACAUCUCUGGACAGAGCAAUGGACGGGAUCCUCUGGCACUUGCCAAGGCUGUACAGGUCCACCACGAUACCCAGCAUACAAUGUAUUUUGCAUAAGACCGACUGAAGUUUCCAGUGAUUUUACAGAAUACUGUGCCGUUCUGAAACGUCCUUCCUUAGUGCUAAUUUUCUUCAACUAACUCUUGAGGGCCAAGCCAGUUUCAGACAACAGUCUACCAGCGAAUAAGAUGCAAUGCACUGAAUGACUCAUUUAGGAUUUAAAUGCACGGAGAAAUGAGCCAUUCUUCUUCAAAGUCUACCAGAGGCACUAUAUAUGGAAAAUACUGGUGGUUUUUUCCCACCAUACUGAUUUUAUAUUUUUUACCUCAAGGCCGAACACCCUAAGGAAAAGUUGCAUGAGUGACUUUGAGUGUUACUACAUUCAGUAGCAAGUUUUGAUAUUGUGUGUUUUCUUUCUCCGUUUAUACGAGGUAAUACUGUUGUAAAACUCGCAUCUAUUUUUAAUCUUUUACACACCAGACCGUGGAUAUGUGUGUGGGAGAAUGAACACUUGGGAUUCCUUUAUAGAUAGUUCUAGUAUGUAAAUUGUGGAAAGAUUUUAAAGGGAGCCUUUGAAAUUAUACAGCUAUAAAGGCCCAAGUAUUUCCAAACUAUACAAGUACAGACAAAGAUCAUUACAGUGCACUCGAAUAAUUUCAAAGGAGCUCUUGAUAAAAUUUAUGCUCCUCAUGAUUUUGCAGCUUCAUGGAGAUUGAAUAAAAUGCGAGAGGUUUGUUUUAGGAUUUAAAGGAAGAUUUGACUCUAUGUAAACCUAAAAUAAACAAUUUUGGAGAACUAUGGUUCCAAAAUUGUAAAGCAAAAUACAAGGAAGAACAUUCCCUCUAAGCUGCAUAGUUGCUCAGUCUGUGCAUGCUGACACUGUUCCCAGCAUUAACUUCCCACCUGAGAAUCCAUUGGUGCACAUGGCCUGUGCAGAAGCAAAAAGAAUUAGAGGGAAUAUAGACUGAGAAUGCUGGAGAUCUGAAAUAAGAACAUAAAAUAAUACAAAGGUUCUGGUUGGGCAGUAUCUGUGGAGAGAGAAACAAUAUUUAAUGUGUCUGGCCAAUGUACUUUCAUCAGAGUUGAGUAAACUCAGGAAAAAAGGUUUUGCCAAUUCUGAUUAUCAGUUAUCAAUCUGAAACAUAAUUCAGUUUUCUAUCUACCGAUAGCCCUGCUGAGCGUUUUCAGCAUUUUGUUUUCAUUGUAUGGUUCCGAAAUGUUUUGCUUGAGCAUUUGCAAUAUCCUAUGAUGUUGAGCUGCCUAGCUCAAAUUGUCUGCAUAAUAGUGGAUACUCUCUGCUUAUUGAUGGUCUGACCAUUUUGUUGCUUUUUAUUAAGUAAGGCCAGCUGGACUGUCCAUCCCCAGUUAGAUCAUCCAUCUGUGAUAUGCCAGCAACUGUGUAUUUCCCACAAUUGACUAUUUUGACUCAUUGGCAGGCAUGUGGCAAGUCAAAAAUCAAAGCUUUUAUAAAUACAAGUUUAAUUAGUUUGACAUCUUGUUGCCAUGACAAUCCUAAUUGAUGCAAUGGCGAACUGCCCAAGCUGCCACUGAUGAGUUCCAUUCUUGGUACUAGAGUGAAUUUUUUUUUUAAAAAUAUAGGGAUUUUGCACUAAAAGUUUUUUGAUGUGAUUUUACCUUUUAAACCUUAAUUAUAGUUGAUUUAUGGUAGAGUUGUAUGCAAUAGAUAGACAAUUCCUCAAAUCAAAGUUUCAUAUACCAGGGGUGAAACUGCUAUUUUGCAGAAGUUACUUGCUGGAGCUGUAUAUGCUAUAUGUGGACUGGACUGUACUUGGAUAUUUUGAAGUGUUCAUGAACUUUUUAUGCCGAAUUGUAAAUUGAAAUUGUCCAGUCUUAUUUUUUGGUUCAUCCAUUUCAGAAGCUAAGUACCUGUAUUUUGCUGCAGUGAAUUUUAGUACAGUACCCUAAGGUGCCAGCUUGAUAAGUUGUGAAAGAUGUUGAGUUCAUGAAACUGUUUGGUGCUUAAAAAUACUUGGACUGUAUUAACAUUGGGGCUUUUUCUAACUAGUCUGUCCAAGUUUAUAGUUUUGGGCAAGAAAGGUUCAACUUGCUUUCCUGUCAAGGAGGCUGAAACUUUGGGCAUAAUACUGCAGGGCAAUUGGAUCUUUGAAUAAGAGACAUCUUGAUUCAUAAUCAGGCGUAAUUCUCUUUUAUUUAAAGUUGUGCAUACAUUACUAUGUUUAUUUGAAGUUUUCUUGUGCAAUACGUUCAAAACCGUCAACUGUUUUUUAAAAAAAAAGACAAAGGCAAACAAACUGUAAAGGAAGGGAAUUAACUGGCCAGAAUGUGUGGAUGAUGAAACACUGCCUUCCUUUUUAAAUCCCCAGAUCUCAUUUUGAAGUUUUUGUCAAAGUUAACUGAAGAUGUUCUCUAUCCUUGUUUUAGAAUACAAUUUUACAUGGCUAGUGAGCCUUUUUUUUAAGGUUAGCAGCAUAUCCACUUUGUGCCAUCUUCAGCUGAGCAAACAACAUUUUUAUUUAGCUAUUAUGGGAGUCGAAGGAACCCAAGGAAAAAUGCUGUUUUUAACUGCUAGAAUUGUUUAGAGCAUUCAAGUCUUCAGGAGCCUCAGCUUGUGAUUUUGUUUUUACGAAAGAUCAACAGGAUGAAAGCAAUUUGUUUGCUUCAUCCUACAAAAUUUGUCAGGUCACUUUCCAUGUAUUGUAUUUUGACAUUCCACGGAUAAAGUCAUCUUAAGGAGGUUGUUUUUAUCCAUAUGUCCAAUAUAGCUAUUGGCUGCUUUCAAAUAAAUGGCUAUGUACACUUUUUUUCCCCCUUGUGUUAUGCUGUUGUACAGAUGUCAAAAUUUCAUGAUAGCCAUGCUUUUUUCAUCAUGUGAGAACUACAUGAACAUUUUGUCUUCCUCCAAAUUUCUCAUGGCACCCAAAAAGGCUAGGGUCUUUACCAAUAACUGAAAUGAUUCAUUAUACCUAUUUAAUUUGGUGGCUGACCUGUGUUUCAUUAACAUACAUGCCUGGUAUUGUGUUUAACCUUUUUAUCCUGGCAUUUGCAAAUUGGCACGGGUGUUUUUUUUCUUUUAAGCUGAUCUUGCUGUGAGUAGUUUAAUACAACUGCUAAGAUAGAAGGCUAUUUUUAAAGCUACAAAUCCAGUAGCUAAUAUCUUUAUGGUUAUUUUUCCACUUAUAAUUCACACUUCUUAUGUUGUAUUACUCAUGAAAUUGCUACUGUUUUUUUUUAAAAGGCAGGAUUACUGGGGUUGUGUGAACUUGGCAUUAAGUGGACCAGUAAAGCAACCAAUUUUUGUAGGGGGCUUGAUGUAGCAUCUGUCCUUGUUGUUGCUUUUUUUUAAUGCACCUUUUUAUAUGGAUUAUGGUGGUUUGUUUUGUGCUUUUAAAUUUUACAUGCACUUCAACAAUAUCUGCAAUAGUUUUCAAAACUUCAACCUUUUUAAAGACACAAUUUCAGCAGCUGAACUAAGACUUCAUUCUCAAGCAGACUUUACAAUCUUAAUGCAAUGAACUUUACCAGCAGAACUGAUAGCUUCUUACUUCACUGCACUUUGUAGCCAAUUCACCUAGCCAGCAUACUGUACUUUCUUACUAUGACACACAGCAUAGAAUUACUGGUACUUGUACCUUCAGAUUAAAUUGUUGCAACUAGAUGGUGCCAAAAGUGCUUGAAGCUGAGGUUUAAGAUUAGCUUUUACAGACAGUAUUUUUAUGAACAGUUUUCAAAGUUCUUGUUUAAAAUACAGCUCUCCAGGAAGAUGCAAUUUUCAGCUCUUCUCCCAAAAACAGAAUUGUCUUUCAGUGUUGGAGUAUACGGAUCCUUUGUUGAGCAGCACAUCUUGUAUGGGGUAUAUUUUAUAUUUUCUUUAAUAAAUUGUUGAUUGUAAUGGAAAUGUAUAUUUGUGGGAUAUUGGAUCCAUACUUUCAAAAGAAUGCAAAUGCUUUUGCAAAUUCAUAUAUUGCAGAUAGAUUGGACUUUAUAAUAUUCUGUUUCUAUAUACUUAGCCUUAAUUAAGCUACAGGGCACGUUAAUUUUCAAUUACAAUUAUUUUGCAGUUUGUCUAAAGAAUAGCUGUCAGUACAGAUUAUGUUAUUAGAGUGGCAGGAAAUAAUUACAAUUUGUUUUCACCUUGUAUGAAUGCGCAUAUCUAAUUCUGAGUUAGAGCAAGGCAUUUUUCAAAUAACUAUUUUCCAAGUAUGAACAGCAUUUUUGGCAGAAUUUAAGUAGCUUAAUAUAGUAAAUGCUUGGAAAAAAUUUCAGGGAUAUGAUAUUAAUUUUUAAUUCUGUGGAGAUGGACAAACUCCAGCUGUUUAUGCCCAGAACUAAUAGAAAAUGUAUCCUGAGGUUUUAAUUUCUAAUGCUACAGAUAAACUAUCUUUCACUUGAUUUACUCUGAUACACCUGUAAUGGAAUCAAGCAGGCUUGGUUUCCACAUCACGAUGAAAUAAUUACCUCAUGAACAUGGGAGUGAAAGCAUUGUAUGUAUGUAUCUACUCUCAGCUCAGUAGCAUAAGUGCUUUCAUGGGAAUUUAAUACUGAAAGCUUAAUGUGCAGCAGUGCAAAGGACAAGAGAAUAGUUUGAACUCGAGGAAAGUCUGAUUUGAAACAAGUUUUUAAAUGCUUGGAGCAGGGAUUUCUAGGAAAGUAUGUCACUUUAUCGAUCCUUAUGGACUAAAACUCCAAACUGAUCAUGACACUUUGGAAUGUUUUGAAUAAUAUUACUCAAGCUCACUGAAGUAUACGUUAUGGUUGUGGAUUAGUUUUUAAUAAUGCAAAUUAACAACAUUUGACACACACAAAUGGGCAGGACAUUGGCCAUCAGAUGUAAUAUCGUUGCAAUUCAGUUUAAAGUUUCACCGAAAAGAAGAACACGAUCCAACCCAUUAUGCUUUCACAGGUUCUCAAAGAACUGCCUGUUUAAAUCCAUUCUUCUACACUAUCCCAACACGACUUUUCCUCUUGUUAAUUUGUUUUAUUCCUUUAUAAAUCCGUUACUGAUUCCCUGCUUCUAGCACUUAACUGGUACCGUCUUUCAUGUAUUACCAGUUCGCUGCACUUCUAUAAUUUCAAGAAACUCCAAACAUCUAACUUUUGUAAUGAAUUUAUAUACACUGAUUCACCAGCUGCAACUUUUGGUCAGAUUUUGUCAUCUCAAUAAUAUCACUGCAAGAGGCACAUUUAUUCCAUUGCAAUUAAAACUCACCCGUUCAUUUGAAUUUUUUUUGUCUCCCUGUCCUAAAGAAGUUUUUAUUUUAUUCAUAACUGAAAAGAGCAGGACUGUUGUUUCAGUGGGUGUCACCACUGUUGCUGUAACCUAUUGAUAGCUAUUGUAAAGUGUUUUUGUAACAUUGCUGUACCUUGGCAAUGUAGUGUUACAUCUGCUUUGCACAUGAAAUGUCAAAAAAAAUUCAAAUUCUGUUGAUACCAGAAUUGAAGUUGUGAUUUGGGUGAAUAAUCAAAGUGCACUAUAUUGAAAACUACUAGAUUGUCCAAAGAUUUGAAUAAAUACAAUUAAUUUCCUGCAAUUUUCAGAGUAUUUUUAAGAAAAUAUAUUCAUCUAUCAUGAGGAAUCAAAAAUCCAUGCCUUCAAAAUGGAAGGUCCCUCACCAGCAUGUCAUGAUUUGUAUUUUUAAAAACUCCAUUACUAUCACCCCUUCUCUAACUCACCUCCCUGCAGCAAAACAUAUGAGCACACAACAAAAAUAUACAUGGGGCCUUCAUAGUCUGCAUGGGUUAGUAUCACACCAGCCAAAGCAUUUAAUGAUUCACCAUGGUAGCUAUGUUCUUGUUACCCUGCAAGCAAUAUACAUUCUAAAUUUAGAGAUAGUAUGUUGGACUACAGAAUCAAAUAGAUGAAUCCUGUUUUUUUUUGUAUUUUACCAUUUUUGAAAACGUUGUUGUAUUGUUGAAUGCUGGUAUAAAUUCUCCAGUUGCUGUGGGUAAGUCAUGUCUCUAAACUUGCAAGUGAAAGACCAAUUGUGAAUGGGUUUUAACUAAAUUUUUCCAGAGAGGGUAUAAGUCAGAAUUCUGUACUUCUGACUUAUACAAGGUUUAUUUGUUCUUGAAUCCAUUCUUCUAUCAUUGAACAAUAUUGAGUAUCUAAUCUGAUGCACCACCACAACAUAUAUUGUUUUUGUUUAUGUUCAUUACCAUUUAAAACUGAUUUAAAGCAUGUUUGGUGGUAUAAGUCUGUCCAAAUCAGAAUGCAGUUUGCACCUUCUGAAUGUUAAAUGCUGUUACCUUUCUUGUUCGCUAAAGACUGGUCUGAUUUGUUGAUGAUGCGAUUUAUUUUGGGGUGCAGGAAAAAGGAAUUGGAGCCUGGCAUUUGUGAGUAGUGGCAUCUGGUAAUCCAUGGUCUUAAGGUCCCUGCCUGUACAAAACUGCAUUGAAAGAAUUUUAUGCUGCAUAGUUCUGCUGUAUCCAAUUUUUCUUUUGUAUGUAGUUGAUUGGAAAACCUUGGUACAAUGUAUGUGUUUUUCAGUAAAAUUGGAAAAAGCUGUUUUCUAGUUCCCAUACAGAUGUUUAGAUAAGUGCUGUUUUGAUUAUUUUGAGUCUUGAUUUGUGAAUAUGUCUAUCAAUACGAGGUACUUUCUUGAGCAGUGGGUAUGGAUAAUGUGAUAACUUUCCCGACAUUGCGAGAAGAUGUUGGCUGAUUGAAUUACAAAGCUGUACUGCAAUAUGAUUUUUAGCCUGCAGGGACAAUUUGUGUUCACGUAACAAAAUAAAAUGGUAUUUUUUGUGCCAGAA